AUGGUGACUUCAACAGAUAAUAAAGAGAAUGAAAAUGAAAGAAUUUAUAAUGAAUCCAAUCCAUUUUAUGUGGAUACCUUUCAAACUCCUCGGAGUACAUCACCACCACCAAAAUUAUCACCUUUUCUUCAGAAAAUAGCUAUUCGAGUUGCUAGAUUAUUUGGAUAUUAUGAUUUACCAAUACAAGCUCUCGGAGUAACAAGAGCAAUGUAUCAAUUAUGUGCUAGGCAAUUAGAAGCAAAUCGAGAAUUUUACAUUGAUGGAUGUAAAUUACCGGAUAGUUUUCAAACCUGGUUUUCAAUAACGUUAUUACAUGUUUGGAUGUUGAUGGUCAGGUUUAGAGCCGAAAAGGAUGGAAAAGUUUAUAUGCAACAAUUAGUAAAUCAUUUAUUUGAUGAUGCGGAAUGGAGGAUGAGAGAAAUACAUGGUAUCACAUCAGGUAGAAUCAUUACCCAAUAUUUAAAAGAUUAUCUUGCCCAAUUUCAUGGUGGAGUUAUAUCAUAUGAUGAAGGAUUAUGCAAAAACGAUCCAGUAUUGGCAGCAGCACUAUGGAGAAAUGUGUUGGUUACAGAAGGUUCCGCACGUAGCAUAGCAAGUUUGGUAAAUUAUGUUAGACAUGAAUUACAAUCUCUAGACAGAACACCUUAUAAAGAAAUUACACAAGGUCGAAUUAUAUUUUCUCAAAAAAUUUCACCAUCAUAA